CUUGCUUGUUCAGACCUCCUUUCCCUCUUUCUUCUCAAUACCGUCGUCGUCGUCGGCGUCGUCUUCAUCGUCGCCACCGCGCUCCUCAUUAUCCCGCCGUUGGCCAAACGAUGCACACCGCACGGAGUCGAGUAUUGCUAACGAGGCAUUUGGCCUCUUCGCGGCCAGUGGCACGCAUACCCAGCACCCGGACCCACCUUCUGCUACGACGAACGACCGCCACAACACCACCGCCGGCAUCGUCAAGCACUCAACCGCUUGCCCCACCGCGAUCCCCAGUUUCCAAGAAAUGGCGGAACUUCCUGCAAUUUCUGGGGCGCGCAACGCUGAUAACAAUAUUCGGAGGGUCAGCGGUGUUCUACUAUCUCUCGCAGCGAGAUAAGCACCCAGGCACCCAACUGCCCUUUGAUCCCGAAAAGAAAACUCUCGUUGUUCUCGGGAGUGGAUGGGGUGCUACCAGUCUCCUUACGACCUUGGACACCACGGACUAUAACGUCGUGGUCAUUAGUCCAAAGAACUUCUUCCUCUUUACGCCAUUACUACCUAGCGUCGCCGUCGGUACCUUGAAUUCCCGUUCAAUCAUCCAACCCACCCGUUAUAUCACGAGGCACAAGGCUCGAACCGUUUCCGUCAUUGAAGCGGAGGCUACGGACGUUGAUCCCGAGAACAAAACUGUGACUUUCAUUGACAACUCGGAGAUCAAGGGUGCAACAUCAUCAAGAACAAUACAAUACGACUAUCUUGUCUACGCCGUCGGUGCGGAGACCCAGACCUUUAACAUUCCAGGAGUCAAGGAACAUGCAGUAUUCAUGAAGGAGUUGCACGAUGCGGAGAGGUUCCAGCGGGGAUUCAUGGAUUGUGUCGAAACAGCUGCAUUCCCCGGACAGUCCCCUGAAGAAAUUGAUAGGCUAUUGCAUAUGGUGGUGGUUGGAGGUGGCCCAACUGGCGUUGAAGUCAGCGGUGAACUCCACGACUUCCUCGAGGACGACCUCAAGCAUUGGUAUCCCGAGUUGGCUGGGCGGAUUCGCAUCACCCUCGUGGAAGCCCUGCCCUCUGUGCUUCCCAUGUUCAGCCGGCAGCUGAUUGACUACACUGAGUCGACCUUCAAAGAGAGCAAGAUCGAUAUCCUGACCAAGACGAUGGUUAAAGAAGUUAAGGAGAAGAGCGUCGUUCUUCAGAUGCCCGACAAGAGCAUCAAGGAGGUGCCUUGCGGUCUUGUUGUGUGGGCAGCUGGGAACAAGGGGCGCAAGAUCACUCAGGACUUGAUGGCUAAGCUCCCCGAGACCCAAACCAACCGACGCGGUCUGACAGUGGACGACCAUCUGCGACUGAAGGGUGCGGAUGGUGUGUUUGCCAUCGGUGAUUGCACUGCAACAUCGUACGCGCCUACCGCUCAGGUCGCAUCGCAACAGGGUGCAUAUCUGGCACGAGUGCUGCACCAGUUGGCGAAGAAGGAUUCGAUUGAGCAGCGAUUAAAGAAACUGGAGGAAAUCCAGGUCGAAGACCCAGCGGAGAAGGAGAAGCUCGAGAAGGAGGCCAAGCUGUUGCAAUCACAGCUUGCCAAAGUGAAGCCCAGGGCCUUCCAGUACUCGCAUCAAGGCUCGCUGGCCUACAUCGGCUCAGAGCGUGCUAUCGCGGACCUGCCUUUCAUGAACGGCAACGUGGCCACCGGUGGUGUUGCAACCUACCUGUUCUGGAGGAGUGCCUAUCUGAGCACGCUGUUCUCGCUACGAAACCGGACGCUAGUUGCGACAGAUUGGCUUAAAGUGAGGCUUUUCGGAAGGGAUGUGAGCCGAGAGUAA